CUAUAGCAACGCUCUGUGUCGAAAAGCGUCACAUCAACAGUAAGACGGCAUAUGUUACACUGUUGAUAGGAGAAAGAAAGCGAUAUUUGAAGGUAAAUAUGCGAAGGUCACAGAUUUACGGUAGUCCAUGUUCCAAGAAAGAAAGAUCUGAGUUCAGACCAACAGGCAACUUUGACCAGGAUCAGAUUUUUCUUCAAUCUCUGAAGGAGUACAUGAAAGAGGAGAAAGUGUUUCUAAACUGUCCACCAGAUGGUGCUGAUGAGCUGCGGUACACAGUCUAUCGCUCUGUUUUCAGCCAGGUGAUUUCUCGAGCCACACUUUAUAGAAAGCUCCUCUUGAAUAUAAAGUCGGAGUAUGAUGACGUAAUUGAAGAACUGAAGAGGAAGAAGAAUGACGCCAGAACGACUAUGCGACAUCUUGCUGUUGCGACGUCAAAGUUAACGUCACUGAAAGUCUGUCAAUGUCGAGAAGAGAAACUGAGACACAGGAUCGCCGACCUGAAAAAGGAAACUUCACAACUUAGAGAUGAGAUAAAGAGACGGAGAACAUCAACAGGAGAGAGAGAAUGGAUUCCAGGUCUGACUGUGGCUCAGUCUCAGGAUGUGGAUGUUCUGGACCAGCACCUGAAUCAUCUCUGUGCUCACAGAGACGCCCUGCUGGAGAAGAAGCGUCACUGUGUGCCCCUGCAGGUCAAAGUCCGUCUGGAUGCAGAGCUUCAGAGAGUGGAGAGACGACGAGGAGGACUAAAAACUGAGAACCAGUCUCUGAAAGUCCUCUACAAACGUCUGGCGUUUGUGUAUGACGGACUGUGUCAACAGCACCGUUUGGAGGAAGUCCUGGACCGAGUCAGACAAAUCAGAGUGACAGGUGACGACAGCUUUGACACUGAGCUGUUCAGGGAUGAAGAACCAUCUGGACUGGAUGAGUCUGAGCUCCUGGACCAAACCCUGGACAGGUUUGUUGAACUCUUUGACUCGGCCCAGUUUGAGGAGGCAGCUCUCCUCGCUGCCAGUUCCCCUGGUGGAGUUCUGAGGAACUUGGACAUUAUGGAGAUGUUUGAAGGUGUGAUCGCCCCCCCGGACUCAGCUCCCUCAGGGUCCAGUCCUCCUCUCCUCCACUUCUUCCAGGCUCUGUUGACCACAGCACCAGCGGGGGUGCAGUUGUCUGCUCCUCUCUCCCUACGGUGUGUCCUCGUCUGUGCGCAGCACCGAGCGUCACAGCUCGUCGUCCACGCUGUCUCCCAGAACAAGUAUGAUCUGAUACUGACCUUCUCUGAGGAGCUGGGCGACGUCCUCACUGAGCAUGCUCUGAAAAACGCCAGCAUAAAAGAGCAGUAUCUGGCUCUGGCCUCUGUCGUGUACGAAGGCUGUGGACCGGACAGGAAGAGCGCACUGAGCAUGUGCAGGAGAGGCCUGAACCACAGAGCUGCUGAGCUGAUGGAGCAGAGUCAGAGCGUCACAGAUGAGGACAUGGUGUGGGUGCUGUGUCAGUGGCCCAGUCUCUCCCUCCUCCGGUCGCUGACUGAACCCCGACCCGGAGAUUGUGAUCACCUCCGCCGUGCUUCCAUCUUGUCAGUGUGCGUGGCGUGUUCCACUCUGCUCACGGACCCCGAGCGGCAGCCGUUGGUGCUGCAGCUUCUGGACGACCUCGUCCACCGAGGGGUUUUGGAGGACGUUAUGUUAGAAGACAACCACUCCACGGUGGACGGUUGGAUCCAGGUGGUUUCUCUUUGCUCUGAGCUGAAGCGUGUGGACCUGAGUCAGGCCAUCACCUCAGUCCUGCUGAGUCAUGGUGGGACCAGAGUCCUGAGUCCAGGUCUGGACGGAGCUCGCCUCGUGGAGCACGUCUUCCUGUGAAGACAGGAUGUGGCCACACCUCCUUCAAGAAAGUCAGCCAAUACAGAGUGAGGCUAAACAUGAGGUCGUGGCCCACAUGAGACCAACGCGAACACUGUCGUUUAAACACAGCUUCACUUCUGUUUCUUUUUCUUUUUUUCUAGAGAGUGAGCGGUUUAAAUCUUCUCUAAUCUUAUCACAUAUAAAUUCUUUAACAGUAAUCAUUUAAAUUGAUGACCUGUUUGUUUGCUGUAAAUGAUUGAUGUUUGAGUUUUUGUGCUGGUUGAAAAAAAUAAAUCAGAAGAAAAGCAUGAAAUCGUAGUAAGCAGCCCACGGGGUUACGGUCCUUGAAUGCAGCAUUUCACUGCUUUGCAUCAGUGUUGUGGAAGUGAUUAGUCAUCCUCACUCAACUGAUGCUGCACCAAAAUAAACCCAGUAGACGAGUGCAGUGUGGACACAAUGGAGUGUUUUGUUUUAUUAUCUGACUGUUCUGUCAACUCAUGUCCUUCAGUCUCCAGGGAGUUUGACUGUGUUUGUGUGUUUGUUCUGCUCCUUCUCUCUGGUGAGCGUUUGACCACAGUAACUGCACCAUGACUCAGGCUUUAAACCCCACAGAAAUGAACCACUGGAGAUGAAUGGAUGGAACUGAGUGACUGUAGGAACUCAUUGAUCUAUAGAGGGAUUUCUAACUAUUACCAAAAAUGAUCAUUUCCUUUGCAAACUUUAACAUAAACAGAAACUGGAUCUGAUCUUCAUCUUCUUUAGAUUAGAUUUACUCUAACUUUGAAAUAUUUUUCUUUAUCUUUUAAAAAUAAAACUGAAUAUAAUCAACUUAAUUUUGUUUUGUUUGUGAAUAAUAAUAUUAAUAAUAAUAAUGUAUUGAUUUGUUUUAAAGAGAAUACAUAUCAGUUUCUGCAUUCUUGUUCACAUUUGACGAAUAAUAAAUAAAAAAUAGAAUUAAGCUUUAUUUAAUGUCACUCUUGUACUUUUGGUUUUUCGGAGCCUGUUGGUUUUAAAGUUACUCAGAGUGUGUCUGACCUUUAACCUUAGUAUUUUCACUUCACCCCUGUCUUUAUCACACAGUUAGUACUAGAACAAGAAGUGCUCCUUGUUCUCGUUAUGUAAUCUGGUUCCUUUUUACUGCUCCUCAACAUUUAAAAAAAGGUUCAGCUGAAGGCGAGGUCAGGUUUAGCUUUGACACUUCUAAUUGGUUAGA